AUGGGUGCCGUAGUCCGGCACUGAGCGGACGCCUGCACAAAGGAAUGUAAUUGGUGUUGCUGAGGGUUUGCGAGCCGAAACGACAGCGUAGGGGUGUUCUCUAGGGUGAGUUGACGCUGAAAGCGGGGUCGUGGAUGCGAAUAGGAGGGAGAAGACGGACGGAAACUCGCGUCUUGUACAUAACUUCGUGCUAGAUCUCCCAUCUCCCGAUGAAAUAUACAUACCUAGUAAUGUAGUCGCGGCUGUCCGACUUUUCAACUUAACAACCCCUUACAAGUUCACACCACUCCAAAGUGCUGAACAGCGAAAGAACGACACUCCCUCCGCCGACGACGCUUAGUUCACGGGCUCCCCUUCUGCGUUAUACCUACUUGCGUUCUCUACACUCCUCUCCAUUCAAAUUUCUCUAACUCGCGAUUACCUGUGGUUCGAACACUUUGUUUUCUGUCCUUGUCUCACCCUUCCCGCUCGUUAUUCCCCCCAUUUCGUCCAACUUAAAUGCCACUGGUACGUAGGAAAAAGGUCCUGCUGCAUGACAUCCCGGACACCAUCGCAGCAGAACCAGCUCAGUCGACGCGCGAAGUCUUUUUCAUCGAGAGAACUGGGGAAAUUUUCAUGGACUAUGAGUCCUAUUCAGCCCGCAUGUUGUUCUACAGAAUGAAGAUAUUCCAAUGCGAGCUCACCGGCAAGGGAGGACUCGACUACUUCCAGGCGCUAGAGAGCGAACGGAACGAGGCUCUGACAAUACACUCUCGCUUCCCUGAGCAGCUCAAGCCCCCCGUUUUAUCUGCUGUGCAGUUUCAAAUAAUGGGCCGACUAGAUCAUCUUGUAGAACUUGUGUACGAGAGGUUCGUACACCGGUAUUUCAGAGGUGAAAAAGUCUUUGUUGAUAUCCAGAACGAAAAGUACUACGCGCGUAUCAUCAAAGUAUUUCCUCCUAAAACUCUCAUCAAUGGUACAUCACCGUCAAAAGACGCCCCACCCAUCGUGCCCCAUUCCGUAGGCGUUAACCUGCGCGUCUCCUACGAGGAAUCAGUCGAAAAAGAUGACCCCAUGGGGUACUUCUACGCUGUCCGAAUGAUCGAAGAGACAGACGCCUCCACAGGAGAUGGAGGAGGGGAGGCUGAUGAUGACCCGGAAUCAGAGAAGUGGGCCGGCAGCGAGAUGGAGGUCAAAGCCAACGCUAUGAGUCGCGACCGUUUAUCAUUCAGCAAGUCGAUCCUUCGACGUUUCAUUCGCGACUGUGUCGAUCGUGACCCGGCUGUAGCCUCGCCAUGGACCGUAAAGCGAGCGAUUGCAGAGAAGCACGGUGUCCCAACUGAAAUGACGGAAGACAUCCGUAUGGCAAUCAACGGUGCCAAACAGGGGGAAAAGGAAAAGCGCAAGAAAGUUUGGGAGGAAAAGCAUGAGAUCGAGGGUAUACCGGCGUCUAAGCGUAGGAAGAAGGAAGAAAAAGAUACCGCUACUCCAAGUGGUGCGCCGGCUGAGAAGCCGAAACCAAAGGGGCCCAUCAAGUAUCCUAUAGAGGAUCUGGAUGUCACCAUCUCCGAAAGGGAACGUAAAGCUGGGAAGGCAGUUGUCCGACCUGCGUUUGAUCGCGAUGUCCCGUUCGGGUCGGACUUCGAGCCGUUUCUCAUGUCUUGGGCUUUUAUGCAGUCAUUUGGUGCCGUCCUCAAGCUGUCAACAUUCACAUUGGAUGAAUACGAGAUGGCUGUUCGACACAAUCUUCCCGACGUUCAGUGUGCUCUUAUAACGGAAAUCCAUUUGUGCCUGUUGACUGUUGCGAAGGAACGCAGUCCUAUCAAGUUUAUCGCGCUUGACUCCCUAAAUUUCUAUGACUCGCAAGAUCGUGAAGGCGAAGUUCCCUUUGCAGAUUUAACAAAGGCUGCAAAGUCCGUCGGCGAUAGACGGGCCUCUGGGUGGGAGACACCUAUUGGGAGAGAAUCAAAGUCAGGAUGGGAGGAAGGAUUGACUAUUUUCAUCCGGGAUCAUGCAACAAUAGACAAUCUUCCCAAUCUCAGACGAAUUCUACGUUCCCUCUUGUUCGUCCCCGAGACAGACCCCAUUUCAUCAUCGCCCUCUGAUGUUACUCCUGCAACUUUUGCGCGAGUACAGCCUUCUGAACGAUAUCCUUUCCUCUUUGCAGAGGACAAGAUAGCGAUCAUAGGCCUCUUAGUCGAGAUGUGCCUCUUUUCAAGAGUCAUCCGCGGACACAUAGACUGGGCCGACACUAGCCUUACAGAGUUACGAAAAGAGAAAAUUGAAGUGAACCGCGAAAAGAAGCGACUGAUGGAGGAGAUUACGACAAUUGAUGCCAAGAUUGAGCCAGGGGCUGGAACCCCAGCACCCCCCGAGACGAAUGGUGUCAAGGAAUCACCUGCACCACAAUCAAGUGAUGUGGAAUCGGAGCAGCGAGCCAACGAUGAUCGCUCCGAUAUCACAGACGAACAACCCACUGGCCGUCGUUCACGGGCGAGUCUUGCCCGAAAAGCAUCUGCUAAGCUUCAGGCAUCCCAAACACCUGCGUCAAAGGUGGCCGGACACGGUAAGGAGAGGGCUCAGGCCAGAAUCAAGGCUCAGGAGAUGAAAAAUGCACUGGCCGAGCGCCGCAAACUGGAGGACGAGUUGACGAAGGUAGAACGGCGUCUCGAGGCCAUUGAACGCGAGUUCCGCCAAUUAUUCGGGGUUGGGCGGACUCGUCCACUUGGCAAGGACCGAUUUUUCAAUCGAGUGUGGUGGUUGGAUGGGAUGGGUUCUGGUACUCUCGUUGCUUCUGGGGGUCAGGCAACGUAUGGGACUGGUCGAGUGUUCAUUCAAGGGCCAACUGAAGCCGAUUUGCCGAUUCUCAGAGAUCGGGGUGACUCGUUCAUACGGAAGCGUCACGAGGAGGAAGAUGGCCCAGACGGAACGCUGAAAACUGGCACAUGGGCGUAUUACUCUGAACCUCAUCAGGUAGAAGAAUUUAUCGGAUGGCUCAAUCCCAAAGGCCACCGUGAAUUGGCUCUUAAGAAUCAAUUACUAAAAUGGUCUGAUCACACCACUUCUGGUAUGAGGAAACGCACAUCGGACAUCUCAUCACGACCGGAACGUCGCAGUACCCGUGGGAGAAAUACUGCUGCGGCUGGCACAUCUGACGUUUCGCGUGAGCUUUACAUGACAUGGACCAAUCGCUUGAGCUCUACAAACCUGGCAAAAUAAUAAGCAUAGAUCCUGCUUGCACUUUUCAUUCGGCAACAUCACAAUUCUCAUCCACCUCAACCCAUGUCUUCGCGUCAUUUUUUUUUACAUCCCACACAUGCUAUCUUUGUUUGAUUAGCAUGUUCUUCAUGCGGUAUCAGGUUUGAAUGCGGUAAUUUAUUCCAGACUUUCAAUAGCUCUUAUCACAACAUGGUGUCUUGUUUAUGUCCCCAUCCUUAUAAUGAUAGCGCACCAGUCACGAUAUAGAAAACUCCCGCCUCCGAGUAAUAUAAAAUCUCCGUCCGUC